GGCAACUUUGUUCCCCAACACCAACGGAACCCGCCAUCCCAAUUAUUUCGAAGUCCAACCACCAGCCUCGGCUGAUCUCUCCGGGCCUGCUCUUAUCGAAGGCCACCACUUUCAAGCUUUUUAAGUUCCAGGAAUUCACCCUUGUCUUGCCUGUGCUUAAGUGUCCCAUUCUCCCACCCCCAUGAAUUCCUGGAGAAAAGGACUGGAGCUCAGUAACAUUUAUCACGUAGGUUGUUAAAAAGCAGCAGCGGCUUAUGGGCAGUGUUACAGACAGAAUUGUGAAAUCUUCCCCGGGGCUUCUCCCGAGCCAGGACGAAUUCUCAUCCAGCUGGAUCCGGAUGCUUUACCGCCUCGUAGUGCUCUGCGGGUUUCUGCCCGCAUCCUCACGAAGCCUCCAGCUGCCUCUCCCGGCGCGCUCUAACGUGCAAUGGACGAAGGAGACGAGCAGCGCAGUUCUUUCCGCUGCCGGACCAAACGGCCAACUUCACGACCCCUCCUGGCCGCACGCAUUCUGCAGGAGAGGUGGCGCCGGCUUACCAGGGACCGCGGGGACCCCGCAUCCUGGACCCGCUGCGGCCUGAGCUCUCAGGAAAAGGGAAGGGUGCAGGCGCCCGAGAAACGUGGGCCCGGAGGACCGCGAAUGUUUUCUUAGUAUAGAGCCCCUCGCAUGACGCCACCAGGAACCUAAGGCUGCCUCCCCGCCGCCGGACCCACAGGUGCCCCUCCCUGCCCUGGCCUCGGUUCGCCCGGCCUCCCUCCCUCCUUCCCUCCCGUGCUCCUCUCGGAACAAACAGCCUGCAGUUCCCGCAGCUGCAGCGGGAGCCGCGAAACGCGCGCCGGGAGCGAGCCCCGGAGGGGGCGGGCGGCGCGGGCCGGAGCGGGGCCCGGGCGGGACUCGGGAGCUGGCGCCGCUCCCCGCGCGCUCGGGCGCCGGGCCUCUCCGCGCUGCCUUCCUGCGCCCUCCCUCCGGGGGGGGGAGGGCGGGGGCGCAGGGCGAGGCUCGGGCCCCUCGGCGGCACCCCCUCCCCGGGCAGGCGCGGGCGGAGCCCAGCCCGCCUCAGCCGGCCGCGGCGGGAGCGGCUCGGCGCGGCGCCGCGGGCAGCGAGCUCUGCAUUCGAACCUCCCUCGCAAAGACAGUCUCCGCCCCACAAUGCACCGCGGCGGGCAGCCUUUGAAAAAGCGGCGCGGCUCGUUCAAGAUGGCGGAGCUCGACCAGUUGCCUGACGAGAGCUCUUCAGCAAAAGCCCUUGUCAGUUUAAAAGAGGGAAGUUUAUCUAACACAUGGAAUGAAAAGUACAGUUCUUUACAAAAAACGCCUGUUUGGAAAGGCAGGAAUACAGGCCCUGCUAUGGAAAUGCCUUUCAGAAACUCAAAAAGAAGUCGACUCUUUUCUGAUGAAGAUGACAGACAAAUAAAUACAAGGUCACCUAAAAGAAACCAGAGGGUUGCAAUGGUUCCACAGAAAUUUACAGCGACAAUGUCAACACCAGAUAAGAAAGCAUCACAGAAGAUUGGUUUCCGAUUACGUAACCUCCUCAAGCUUCCCAAAGCUCAUAAAUGGUGCAUAUAUGAGUGGUUCUAUUCAAAUAUAGAUAAGUAUGUAUCAUGGCUUGUAUCAUGGCUAUUACUUGGACUAGAACUUUGUUUUGUGAGAUCCUUCCCCUCCCCACACCCUCCCAGUUUUAGGAAAUUAAAGGUAAUAUGCUUGCAAGAGAAAGAAUUUCUAAGAACCAUUAUUAAAUACAGUGCUCAAAAAAAUGAGGAUGAAAAAGGGAACAGUGAAAUGGACGGUCAGAAUUUAAAUUUUUGUAUAGGACAGUUAUUAGUUUAUGUGAUUUUUAUAAUUUAUUCUAGAUGUUCUUCUGCAUUUUUUGAGGAAGAGAGAUCAGCAUUAAAACAGAAACGGCAGAAAAUAAGACUCUUACAACAAAGGAAAGUUGCAGAUGUUUCACAAUUUAAAGAUCUCCCAGAUGAAAUUCCUUUGCCUCUAGUUAUCGGAACCAAAGUUACAGCACGAUUACGUGGUGUUCAUGAUGGCUUGUUCACUGGACAAAUAGAUGCUGUGGAUACUCUGAAUGCUACGUAUAGAGUCACCUUUGAUAGGGCCGGCCUUGGAACCCAUACCAUACCUGACUAUGAAGUUCUUAGUAAUGAACCUCAUGAGACAAUGCCAAUUGCUGCCUUUGGACAAAAACAGCGGCCUUCUCGAUUUCUUAUGACCCCACCACGGUUACAUUAUACUCCUCCCCUCCAGUCACCAGUUACGGAUAAUGAUCCUUUAUUAGGACAGUCACCCUGGAGAAGUAAAAUAUCUGGUUCUGACACUGAAACACUGGGUGGUUUUCCAGUAGAAUUCCUUAUCCAAGUGACUAAAUUAUCAAAAAUUCUCAUGAUUAAAAAGGAACAUAUCAAGAAAUUAAGGGAAAUGAACACAGAAGCAGAAAAACUGAAAUCAUAUUCCAUGCCCAUUGGCAUUGAAUUUCAGCGGAGAUAUGCAACAAUUGUUCUAGAACUUGAACAGCUGAAUAAGGACUUAAACAAAGUUUUGCAUAAAGUUCAACAGUACUGCUAUGAGCUUGCUCCAGACCAGGGCCUCCAGCCUGCAGAUCAGCCGACAGACAUGAGACGCAGGUGCGAGGAAGAAGCACAAGAAAUUGUUCGGCAUGCAAAUUCUUCAACAGGACAGCCCUGUGUGGAAAAUAAAAAUCUAACAGACUUAAUUUCCAGGCUUACUGCUAUUUUAUUGCAAAUUAAGUGUCUAGCGGAAGGAGGAGACCUGAAUUCCUUUGAAUUCAAAUCACUUACAGAUUCAUUAAAUGAUAUCAAGAGUACAAUCGAUGCUUCUAAUAUCAGUUGCUUUCAGAAUAAUGUAGAAAUCCAUGUUGCACAUAUUCAGAGUGGCUUGAGCCAGAUGGGAAACUUACAUGCCUUUGCAGCAAAUAACACCAACAGAGACUGAAUGCAAGAUGAAUUAUUCCAACUGCGUAGGACAUUGUUUCUGAGAAGUUCUUCUCCUUUGUAUAGGCUUCCAACACCAAAUAAUCUAACUGCUGGAGAACAAGGGGGACUUCAGUCUCCAAUAAGUCCUUUCAAUGUACUGUACUGCUUAAACCAGCAUUGCUAGCCAGACUAUAUUAAUUUAUCUUUUAUUACUCAGAUACAGUAGCAUUGCUUAUGUUACAUAUGUUUAUUAGCAAGUAUUUUUAAACUGAAAAUGUCUGAACAUAAUAUAAUUUUAUGGAAGAAAAUGACCAUUUUUUUUAAUGUGCAUGAAUUCAACCCAACACAUGCAGGCAAUCCUGCAUUGGAGAACAUGAAGAAACCUGGUCUUUAUGUGCAUGUUGGUGGCAAUGUGGAAAUCCCACCUGGAAAACUAACUCCGGCUGAUUUAGUUGCUCACCAUCUCAGUCUUCAGAAGAUAACACCAUGAGGUGUAGGAAGUCCUAGUUUUAAGGAAGCCACUGGAAUAUAGAUGGGACGUAUGAACUUUACAAGAAUAUUGGAUAUAUACUUGGAAUGUGACAUGGUUCUGUAGAUCAUUUUAUAAUAAUAUUUUAAUUUAUCAUAAUUUAUAAAAGAAACUUUUGUUGUUUGUGAAAGAAAAUGAAGGAGCAGGAAAAACCAUUACUGCAUAAUGCUGAUUUCCAGAGUGGAUCUGGCGUGUCUUUUCCCGUUGAUUCAGGGCAAAAAGUGCUAUUGUUAGGAGAUUUAGUAAGAUAUAAAAGACUGAUAACACACUAUUUUCAUAUUUUUUGUUUAUUUGCACAACUUUUAAACCAGAUUACUGGUUAAAAUCCAACAGUACACAAUUUAUAAAGUAAAAAGAUUUUAUAAGGAAAACAAAUAUAAUAACCAGUGCUGUGAAAUGCAGAAGAGAGGUUUGGUUUUGGUUGUUUUGUUUUCUUGUGUGUGUCUUUUUUUUUUUUUUAAAGGAAACCCCUGCCUAAAAUGUUAAUCUUGUAAAAACAUAUGUAUUUGUAAUUUUCUUUGUUUUAAUAUAGAAUAUUAUAAAGUCAAAAAUAUAAAUUGUUUUCAGAUUUGGAGUUUCAGAUAGGGCUGUAGCAGUGGUUUUAAUUCUUUUAGAUGUCUCAUAAAAUGAGACUUUUAUAUAUGUUAAUGUAUGAUAAAACUCAAACAAGAUUAUUUUCCAUUUGAAAUUUUUGUAUAGUUUAAAAAUGCUUCUGUAUUCUUUGUUGGUAUUGUGCCACUGCAGAACUGUAGUGCAGAGUUUAUAUUGAGCUAAGCUGUUAUGUUAACUAAGAAAUGCAUAAAUCUUUUAUUCUUAAUAUUUGUAAUUCUAAAUAAAUUGAUCUAUGAAAA